CGCGUGUCUGCAGACGCGGGCCUGUGAUUGGCCAUCCCGUGGUGACGUCAGACGCAGCGGCGCCGCGGGCUGGGGCCUUGCGGUUGAGUCUCAGCUGAGAGGCGUUAGGCCGGGCGCUGACCCCCAUGAAGAGAAGGAAGCUCACAGGUGGAGUGCGAUCCUCAGCGCGACUACGGGCCCGAAGUUGCUCUACAGCCGGCUUGGCCCCUGCCCAGGACGUCACCAGCUCCACGUCUGCCAAGACAGCAUGUCUGACUUCCUCAUCACACGAGACCUCAGACAGACGAACUUCCAAGAAGUUCAAGCAUGACAAAGGCCACCUUGCAAAGGCAGAGCCACAGAAACUUGUCCCUCAAAGUGACACUGCUUCUUUGCCAAAAGUGACCCCCACAGCCCCUUGUGAAAAUGAGUUUGCAGAUGUGCCUAGUGGUGAGUCUGCGGUCCCUGCCCAGCAUGAGAGUGGGGCUCUUCCCCACCGUUGCUCCCAAGUGAGUAUAGAUCCCUCAGCAAAGACUGAAGAUGGCCUGUCUACUCUGGAACCCAAUGCCGCUGCGGCAGCCCAGGGGCUUAACAGCAACUCCACCAGGCAGAAGGAGCCUGUGCCCGGGGCAGAGGAUGCUCGGGUGCCCCAGCUGCAGAUGGACAACAGCAUCUUCCUAGACGAUGACAGCAACCAGCCCAUGCCUGUGAGCCGCUUCUUUGGAAAUGUUGAGCUCAUGCAGGACCUGCCGCCAGUCUCCUUAUCUUGUCCUUCGAUGAGCAGAAGAGAAUUCAGAAAAAUGCAUUUUAGAGCCAAAGACGACGAGGAUGAGGAUGACGCAGAAGUGUAGACAGCUCUCCACACAUUCAGUGCUGUCAGCAGGCUAACGAUUAGUUUUAAGAUUUCUGUAAAAUGUAUCUCAAAGAGGACAGAUUUUUAGUUGAACUCAAAAUUGACUCAUAAAAGUCACCAGCACAAGACAGCCACCUCCUGUGGAAGGUUCCUGGAGCCCUGAGCUGGUGCUGCUGCUGCUGCAUGUGAUGUCUUUGCGGGUCAGCAAGGGGCCAGGCUGCAGAAGGAGACUCCUAGGCAUAUUGGUUUGAUAAUGCCCAAGCUUCUUUUCCAUUACCAAAAUCUUACUGUUGAGAUGAAUUCAAAGCCAGUUCUUAAAGAACACUGCUGUUUAUGAAUGUGAAGCUAAUUAUUUACCUUGAGACUUCUGCAAAGUGCAUAUGAAAAAUAAAAUAUAUUUUGAAAAUUUUUAAAAAUUUUA